GGCAGUCUCACUAUUCCGUCUGCAUGUUUCACAAAUAGAGUUUGGAGCAGUGGAGGCUUAUAUGAGACUACAGCCAAUGAGCUCGAGUUGAAAAAGAAAAUAGCUUACAGCACGUGGUAUUCCCCGGUGAAGCAGUCAACGGAGGAUUCACUCAGUACCAGAUGGAACAUGCCUACACAUCAGUGCACCGUGUGCGACAAGACAUUCGGUGAAAAGUCCAACCUGGCGAGUCAUCUGAAGAUCCAUGCAGACGCCAGGGAGACCUUUACCUGUGAUGUCUGCGGGAAGAGCUUGGCCACUAAACCAUCGCUGGGUUAACAGCUAGUAGAGGAGGCCUACGUGGUGUGGCGUGGCCUGAAGCCAACACUCUGAAGCCAUUAUGGAGUCCGUGUGUCAACUGAAGACAUCUGAUAAGUGUGUCUUCACUCUGAUAAGAGUGUCACCACUGUCACUUCCUGACACUGAUGAUAUCAGAUUGCAGGCUGACGACUCCUCAGAAUUAAAACAUGCGACGUGUUUUUUCCAGCUGAUAUAGCAGAACCGACUCCUGAGAGCAGACGUAUCUGAAGCUGUCAGGGAGGAACCAUGGCUACCAUCUCUGAACCGGACCCUGGACUCUCUGAGGAACCUGAGGACACGUCUUUGGACCGGAGGGAGCGCAAGAGAAGAUUUGCUGGUAGAGCAAAGAAGAAGGCUAAGUCCAGACGCCGUGGAAGCCGUCAGAGAGUAACAAUGGUCACCAUCUCGGACCGGGAGGAGACCAAGAAGAGAAGAUUUGCUCUAUGGUUUCACAUCACUGUCAUUGUGAGCAUCGGACUGCUGAGUAUUCUCCUCAUCUCCCUGCGCUUCAACUCACCGUCACCCUGGAUAGAGGGGAGAGAGCACUUACUGGAUGAACUCGAUGAAUUGACGCUUCAGGGCUGGAUGCUUCACGACAAGAGUCUCUACCGUGUUUCUACUACUAAGAAGGGCUGGAGGGCCAGUAGAGAAGACUGUCAGAAGAGAAAGGCAGACCUGGUGGUCAUCAACAGCAGAGAAGAACUGAACCAGGUUUCCAGGUUGGUCAGCAGAUUGGUGGGUUCUUCCUGGAUUGGACUGAGUGAUCGAGAGAAAGAGGGGACCCACAAGUGGGUGGAUGGUACCCCCAUGACCUCAAGUUGGAGACACGUUAAACCACGCGAUGACGGCGGAGCAAGAGACUGCGUCGUAGCAGGGGAGGACGGCUGGUCUGAAGAACCGUGUAACAGACUGCACCACUGGAUCUGUGAGAAGGUCCUAGACCUGGAUCAUCUGGAGGCUGAGCGGAACAAAGAGGGUCCGUAGACUUUGUUUGUGUUCAUGAGUGGAGAACGGUUCCUCCUUUCUGUUCUCUGUGCCGUAGAUACAGUAAAUACACUCUUUAAGAGUUGAAAGGUUGUUGGAUGUGUUUAGGUCUACAAAGGUCAGG